UAGUGGUGAGUGGUUGGGGGGGUUCAUAAAAAGCAUUAGGCCACUAUAUAGUGGCAUGUUGGAGAGGGAGAAGCUACAAAAAUAUUACUACAAAUUUGGGUUUGUAUUAUCCACUAUAUAUCCAGAUAAGUCCAUCCUGUAUUUGAAUUUGUAUAUUAAUAAUAUGGAGAAAGCGAAGGUAUACAUUGCAGUGGUAGUGUUGCAAUGCAGCUACGCAGGCAUGAUUCUGUUGUCAAAGGCAGCCAUGUCUUCCGGGAUGAAUCCUUCCGUCUUCGUCGCCUAUCGACAGGCCUUCGCCUUCUUCGCCUUGCUCCCAUUCGCCUUCUUCUUCACCAGCAAGGGUGAUUCUCCUAUUCCAUGGACCGGAUUCUGCAAAAUUUUCUUCGUUUCUUCAUAUGGGCUAGCAUUGGGUUUCAAUCUGAACUUGGGUGGAUUAAAGUAUAUUUCCGCAACAUUUGGUACGGCGAUACUUAGCAUUGUUCCAGCUUUGGUGUUUAUCAUGGCCGUUUGUUUAAGGAUCGAAAAGUUGAGCAUAAGCAAGUGGCAUGGCGUGGCGAAGGUAUUGGGCGCCAUAUUGGGCGUCUCCGGCACCAUGGCCUUCACCUUCUACAAGGGCCCGCCUCUGUUUUCAAACCACCACAAUGCCCACCACCCGUUCGACCAAAACACUCACUCAAAACACCAAUGGAUCAAAGGCGCUCUCCUCGCCAUCGCCGGCCAGCUCUUCUACGCCAUGUGGCUCACUAUGCAGGCUCCACUCCUCAUCCAAUAUCCUGGCAAAUUCAGGCUCACCAUUCUGCAGUGCGGCUUCAGCUGCCUCUCAGCAACGCUCUACGCCGCCGCCAUCCAGAGGCAUCCAUCAUCGUGGAAGCUUCGAUGGGAUAUUGAUCUCUUAUCCGUCGCCUAUUGUGGCGUGAUAGUGACAGGGUUGAGUUAUUGGCUGCAAGCUUGGGUUAUAGAGAAGAAAGGGCCGGUUUUUAGCGCCAUUUUCGGGCCCUUGGCACUCGUCAUCGCAGCCAUCUUCUCGGCUCUUUUCCUCAACGAAACUCUUCGCUGGGGAAGUGUUUUGGGGUGUGGAUUGCUGGUGGGUGGGCUUUACAGUUUCUUGUGGGGUAGAAAUCGAGAGGCCCAUAUCAAAGCCCAACAAGUUUUGGAUCACCAAAUACAGGAAGCCCAUUUUCAGAGCCCACCUGUGUCAAUGUCACCCGACGAAGAGCAAGGGAAACUGCCACAAAAGUCAUGAACCUACUUACUAUGAUUCAAUGUGACAAUAAAUGUGAUUUUCUCAUAUAUCAUUUUUUUAAUAUUACCAUACAUAUUUAUAUUGUUUGAUCUCA